AUGCCCAAACCCUUGGUUUUGUCGAAAGCUCAAGAAAGCUUCCAAAAACUUCACUGGAAUUCGCCCAAGAUUUCGGUUCGUAGUAUUGACCAGUUAGAUGUGGAGUUGAUUUCCCUGGUCCACCAAACCAACCGUUCGACCAAUCACAUGCCAGUUGAUCUUAUCGGCCGUCGCGGUUGCCGCAGCCCGACACCGCAGCAUCCAGGCCGUGUGUUGUACGGGGUCUCGGAUCUCGGAUUCCGUGUGAAGGAUUCAACCAGUUUAGUCGAUAAGUUAAACAAUGCCUAG